CCCAUCCUUCCCCUCUACGCUCCUUGACGCCCCUCCUGGCCCUUCUCCCCGGCCUUCACACACGAACCUCACCGCCGCCUCGGCCCCCUCACUCGUCGCGCCUUCUCGCGUGCUCCCGGCCGCCGCUGCUCUUGCGGCUGCUGCACGCCUCGCCGCCGGCACCGCCUCGCUCGCUGGCCCGGUCUCUCGUCGCUGCGUCACGUCGCUCUCAGCAGGCCUCAGAGCUACGCGCGCACCUCUUCGCCCUCUCUCGCGCAGCUGCUUAUCGCUGAGCGCUGCCGCGGCAUCUCGCCUCUCUCACCUCGCAGUGUGCUCUGCCUGCGCCUGCUAGGUGCAGCCCGCCGCAGUCGCCAUGCCGCUCUUCGGCCCCGGCCGUCCCCUGCCGAACCUCGAUGAUGCGGGCCAUCACUACGACCCGCAUGCCGGGCCCUACCAGGCCGGCCCGUCGGGGCGUGACCACGUGAGCGACCCGACACAUCCCGACUACGACCCGGCCAUCGACCCCAACCUGCAGCUGCGCACCGUGCGCACCGCUGCCGAGUCCAUUGCCGAGUCGCACCGCUCCGAGAUGCGCCGCGACGAGCGCAACAAGGCGCGCCGCCGCGGCAACGGCUCGCUGCUCGGCAAGCUGGGCCGCGGACGCACGCUGCUGCGCCGCGGCCAGAGCCAGAAGGCUCCGGCGCUCAAGGGCAUGCUCGAGGACGAGCUCUCGCGGCCCGGCGCCGGCUUUGGCGCGUACGGCACGGGCGGCGAGGGCGUCGGUGUGCCGUUUGAGAGCGCGCAGCAGGACACCACGCCUGCUUACCCGACCGAGAGCGCAGCGAAGCGCGCCGAGGCUGAGGCGCAUGCCGAAGCUGCAGAGGUCGGCGAGCCUGUGCCCGAGCAGAAGCUCGACACCGGCAUGCGCAAGGGCAAGAAGAAGCCUGCGUCGCGGCGCAACGUGUACCUCAACAUGCCGCUGCUGCCCGCCGACCAGGGCAAGCACGGCGAGCCCAAGGCGCGGUAUGCGCGCAACAAGGUCCGCACGAGCAAGUACACGUUCAUCACCUUCCUGCCGCGCUUCCUCUCCGAGCAGUUCCGGCGCCUCGCCAAUGUCUACUUCCUGCUGCUCGUCGUUCUCCAAGUCUUCCCGCAAUUUGGCGCCACGAUCCCGCAGAUUGCCAUGCUGCCCCUCGUCGCCAUUCUCACGAUCACUGCGAUCAAGGACAGUAUCGAGGACUACCGGCGGCACAUCCUCGACAACCAGGUGAACAACAGCGCGGUCACGCGCCUCGGCGCCUGGCGCAACGUCAACCAGCCGCGCGCCAAGCGCACUUUCCUGGGCAAGCUGUUCGGGUUCGGCAGCUCGCCGGACAAGGUCUCCAAGGGCGUGCGCAAGCUGCGGGAGAAGGAGGAUGCCAUCGGCAUGCGCGCCGUGCGUCAGGGCAGCUCAGCCAGCGCGGCCGCGAUGCCGUACGGCGCCUCUGGCGCGCAGGACGCGCGCAACGACGCCCGGCUGCGCAGCGACAGCCUCACGAGCGCCAGCGCGCACGGCUACAAUGGCCUCGAGACGAUUGCGUCGGAGAGUGACUACCACUCCGGCGGCAAGUCGAUGGGCCGCAGCGCCAGCGGCUACAUCGGGCAGCCUGCGUCGAGCGUGGCGUCCUUUGGCCCUUCCUCCGGCGCGGUGCUUGCCGGCAGCUCGUCGCAGCACACGCCCAGCCCCAACGGCGUCGUCGACUACAGCCAGAACACGCCGGGCACGGCGCGCUGGGAGCGCACGCUGUGGAAGAAGCUCGAGGUGGGCGACAUUGUGCUGCUGCGCGAGAACGACCAGGUGCCUGCGGACAUUGUGCUGCUCAACUCCUCGGACCCUGACGGCAACGCGUUCGUCGAGACGAAGAACCUCGACGGCGAGACGAAUCUCAAGGCGCGCAAGUGCGUCAAGGCGACGAUGGGCAUCCAGACGGAGGAGGACAUCGAGCACGCGCGCUUCACGAUCGACUCCGAGCUGCCGCACGCCAACCUGUACGCCUACAACGCGCUGCUCAAGUAUCACGCCGGCGGCAGCCGCGAGGAGUACGACGUGGAGGAUGCGUCGCGCGGCGCACCCGUCGCGCGCCCGGGCGAGAAGGUCGAGCCGAUCACGACCAACGAGCUGCUGCUGCGCGGCUGUGCGCUGCGCAACACGGAGUGGGUGAUUGGCAUCGUCGUGUUCACGGGCGCGGACACCAAGAUCAUGCUCAACGGCGGCGAGACGCCGUCGAAGCGCUCCAAGAUCGAGAAGGAGACAAACGUCAACGUCGCCGCGAACUUCGUGCUCCUCAUCAUCAUGUGCUCGGCGUGCGCCGUCGUCGGCGGCAUCUUCCUCAACCGCACGGACACGAGCCGCAACUUCUACGAGCCGGGCGCGCUGGACAGCGACAACAACAUCCUCAACGCACUGAUCGUGUUUGGCACGUGCCUCGUGCUCUUCCAGAACAUCGUGCCGAUCUCGCUUUACAUCUCCAUCGAGCUGACAAAGACGAUCUCGGCCUUCUUCAUCUAUCAGGACAUCGACAUGUACUACGCGCCGCUGGACCAUCCCUGCGUGCCCAAGACGUGGGGCAUCGUCGACGACCUCGGGCAGAUCGAGUACAUCUUCUCCGACAAGACGGGCACGCUCACGCAGAACGUCAUGGAGUUCAAGAAGUGCUCCAUCAACGGCUACUCGUACGGCGAGGGCAUCACAGAGGCCAUGAUCGGCGCCAUGAAGCGCGAGGGCAAGGACACGUCCGGCAUGGGCUCGUCCGAGCAGGAGGAGCGCCUCGAGGCCUCGAAGCAGGCCAUGAUCGAGAAGAUGAACCGCACCUUCAAGAACCGCUACCUGCGCCCGGACCAGCUCACGCUCAUCUCGCCGACCAUGGCCGACGAGCUCGGCCCCAACCCGCCGUCGGGUGCCGAUCAGCGCCGCAACAUUAUCGCCUUCUUCCGCGCUCUCGCCCUCUGCCACACGGCGCUGGCCGACCGGCCCGAGGCCGACUCACCGUUCGUGCUCGAGUAUAAGGCGCAGAGUCCCGACGAGGCCGCCCUCGUGGCUGCUGCGCGCGACGUCGGCGCCGUCUUCAUCAACAAGAACAACACCGUCGUCGACAUUGAGGUGGCCGGCCAGCCGGAGCGCUACACGCCGCUCAAGGUGCUCGAGUUCAACAGCACGCGCAAGCGCAUGAGCGUCAUUGUGCGCGAGCCCGACGGACGCAUCCUGAUGAUCUGCAAGGGCGCCGACUCGGUGAUCUACCAGCGGCUGCGCCGUGACCACGACGCGCGCCUCAAGGAGCAGACGCAGCGCGACCUGGAAGACUUUGCCAACGCCGGCCUGCGGACGCUCUGCAUCGCCUACCGCUACCUCGAGGAGCGCGAGUAUGCCGAGUGGGCGCGCAUCCACGACGAGGCCGCGGCCAGCAUCGUCGACCGCGACGACCUCAUCGACGAAGCGAGCGAGAAGAUCGAGAUCAACCUCACGCUGCUGGGCGCGACGGCGCUCGAGGACAAGCUGCAGGUUGGCGUGCCGGAGACGAUCGAGAAGCUGCACCAGGCGGGCAUCAAACUCUGGAUCCUGACGGGCGACAAGCUGCAGACGGCCAUCGAGAUCGGCUUCAGCUGCAACCUGCUCUCGACGAACAUGGAGAUCAUGAUCAUCUCGGCGGACCACGAGGCGGGCACGCGCACGAUGAUCGAGGCGGCGUGCAACAAGAUCGCCGCGGCCGGCCGCCCGGUCGUCAUCGAGAAGACGGAGCGGCGCGGCGGCAUCACCAAGAAGACGUCGCACCGCCUCAACAUUGAGCGCACCGAGGAGGCGCCCGUCGGCGGCUUCGCCGUCGUCAUCGACGGCGAGACGCUGCGCUACGCCCUCGACCCGAAGCUCAAGCCGCUCUUCCUCGCCCUGACGACGCUCUGCGAGACGGUCGUGUGCUGUCGCGUGAGCCCGGCGCAGAAGGCGCUGACCGUCAAGCUCGUCAAGGACGGCAAGAACGCCAUGACGCUCUCCAUCGGCGACGGCGCCAACGACGUGUCGAUGAUCCAGGAGGCCCACAUCGGCGUCGGCAUCGCCGGUCUCGAGGGCGCGCAGGCGUCGAUGAGCGCCGACUACGCCAUCGGCCAGUUCCGCUACCUGGCCAAGCUCCUGCUGGUGCACGGCCACUGGAACACGUACCGCAUCGGUGUGCUGCACCAAGUCUUCUUCUACAAGAACCUGAUCUGGACGGGCUGUCUGCUCAUCUUCCAGAUCUUCACGCAAGCCGACGCCACGUAUCUCUUCGACUACGGCCUUAUCCUGCUCUACAAUCUCGUCUUCACGUCGCUGCCCGUCAUCAUGCUCGGCGCGCUGGACCAGGACGUGCGCGCGCCGGCGCUGAUGGCGUACCCGCAGACGUACCGCCCCGGCCGCGAGGGCAAGCUGUACACGCGCACGCAGUUCUGGACCGCCUGUCUCGACGGCGUGUAUCAGGCGGGCGUUUGCUUCGUCGUCGCCUGGGCCGCCUGGUUCUACUACCCGGCCGUCAUGGCCGACGGCACGAGUCUCGACCCGCUCUCGGCCCUCGGCACGACGGUCGCCACGUCUGCCGUUGUCGCGGCCAACUUCUACUGCGGCCUGGCGCUGCAGAACUGGUCUGGCAUCAUCUGGUUCGUCAUCAUCGGCUCCAACGCCGCCUACUUCGCCUGGAUCGCCAUCUACAGCGCGCCGUUCUGGGGCACGACGUUCAGCGGCACGGCAUACGUGCUGUUCAGCACCGUGCAGUUCUGGGCCAUCGUGUGCCUGUCUGUGCUGCUGUGCCUGCUGCCGCGCUACACGUGGAACGCGUGGUGUUCCUCAUUCAACCCGACCGAGGUCGAUCUCGUGCGCCAGGCCUGGAUCGCCGGCGACCUCAAGCAGCGCCUCGGCCUGCGCGCCGGACGGCAGAUGCAGGGCGAGAAGAACGUGUUCGAGGAGCCCGGGCACGCCAGCCAGGCCGAGCUUGGCACGAGCGCCUUUGCCGACGCCGCGCCCGCCAAGCGCGACCGCGAGUUCUCUGCCGGCACGCAGUCCGACUCGUCCGUCUCGCCGCUGCCCACGAACUACGAGCAGCGCUACGGCGACCGCACGACGCACGACCAGCAGCGGCGCGAGUCGCUCGGCCCGCCGGCGCGGACAGGCACGAACAUGUCUUUCUACGACCCCGACCAGCUGCCGGCGACGUACGCAGACUCGCCGGACGUGUCGCGCGGCCCCACGCCGCACGGCAUCGCCGACACGAGGGCCUUCCCUCCGAGCGCCCGCAGCUCGGCGUCGCACUACCCCGACGCAGAUCUGGCGCCAGAGAUCCGCAUCCAGCGUGCGUCCGGCCAGUCGCAGGCGCCGCGCGCCGGCUCGCAGUCGCCGUACGCCAAUGCGCAGUCGUACGCGACGAGCCGGACAGCACUUGCAUCGCAGAGUACCGACUCGUUCGACGCGCAGUUUGACUCGACGUUCGCCGACGAGCAACAGCGGCCUCAGCAGGCGCCCGCGGCUGCCACGUACGCCUCGCCGCCGCGUGUGGCGGCCGUCGCCGCGGACCCCGACAGCCCGGCGUCGCCGGCUGAGAAGUUCCACAACCGCUUCAAGCAAGGCCAGACGCAGUCGCCGCCGCGGCCAGGGCAGGCGCCUGCCGCGCAGCUCAUCGACGACUCGCUGGCGCGCCCCACGCCGCCGUUUGCCCAGCAUCCCGGCAUGCACCCGCGCGAGGAGUCCAACGUCACGCAGGGCAGCUGGCACACUGCCGGCGGCAGCGACGACGAUGGCACGCCGCGCAAUGCGCAGGGCGCAUGGAGAUGAUGCAUGCCCCUCGCCGAAUGCGUCGCCGCGGUUCCUCUUCCUCUAUCUUAACGCUCCUUCCGGAUCUGGACACGAAUCUCCCUCUGCUUGCCUCUCCUUCCUGCCCACAUCGACGCCGCGGCCCCUUGCAUCGCCCGCCUUACGACGCCGCUCUUGGCACCACCCUCGCUCCUCUCCCUCCCGUCCGAGCGCACGCGUCGGUAGCUAUACCCC